AUCGAGACUCCACCGACGCCUGAGAAAACUUCUCCACUGUCUCCUCUCCACUACUCGCCCUCUACGGGGGCUCUCCGUUCUCCACAGUUCCCCCACCCUACCCCCAGAAAAAUUAAAAAUAAUAAUAAUAACAAUAACAAAAACCCUAGCAACGAGAAGAAGAACAGGAAAAAUGGCCCCAGAAUCGGCGGCCUCAGAAGCCCUAGAUUCUUCGGAAUCGUCUCCGUCUCACUCCGAUCCAUCACUGUCUCGAAACGUUUCGUUCAGCCGGCUCAACGCCCAGGCCCCCGAGUUCGUUCCCACCGCCCGGCCUCCCGCUCAGCCCCCACGAAUCCUCGUCCCUCCUCCACCUCCUCCCCCGCCGUUUCAUGUCCCGAUUCACGGUCACGUGCCUGUGUCGCCUGGUCACGUGAUCCCUGUCCAUCACCACCAUUCCCCUCACCGCCUUUCGGUUCAGUACCAUGCCCAUCCCCAUCCGCAUCCGCAUCAUCAGUACUAUGGCGGCGGCGGUUUUAGUGGAGAGCGUGAAGUGACGGUCCAACACCACCAAGCUCAGAUUGAGUCCGAUCAAGGUCCCACUUCUUCCUCAAAAAAUAAGCUAUCUGAGGAAUCUACUCAGAAGAUUUUGAAUCAGGUGGAGUAUUAUUUCAGUGAUUUAAACCUGGCUACAACUGAUCAUUUGAUGAGAUUCAUCAACAAAGAUCCUGAAGGAUUUGUGCCUAUAUCUGUUGUUGCAUCUUUCAAGAAGAUCAAGGCUCUCACUAGUAAUCAUUCCCAGCUGGCAACUGUUUUGCGGAACUCUUCAAAACUUGUAAUUAGUGAUGAUGGAAAGAAAGUUAGACGUCAGCAUCCCUUGACUGAGUCAGAUAUGGAGGAGUUGCAAUCUCGCAUAGUUGUUGCUGAAAACUUGCCUGAGGAUCAUUGCCAUCAAAACCUAAUGAAGGUUUUCUCAACCGUGGGAAGUGUGAAGACUAUUCGUACCUGUCAACCACAAAACUCCAAUGGCGGAGCUACUUCAGCAUCCAGAUCAGGAAAAUCUGAUAGUAUGCUUUUCACUAACAAGUGGCAUGCAUUCGUGGAAUAUGAAUCUGUUGAGCUGGCUGAGAAAGCAGUUGCAGAGCUGAAUGAUGAGGGAAACUGGAGGAGUGGCCUGAGGGUCCGCUUAAUGCUUAGACGCACGUCAAAACCUUCUUCAGCGCGAGGAAAAAAGGGGCAUGAUGGGGAAGUGAACUUUGAGGAAGAUGAUACUUCCAUGACUGAUCAGCAACAAAAUGAGAGACAAUUGGAGCCGUCUUACCAACAAUCUGAUGUUCAUCCGCACGAACAUACAGUAAGUGGGGAUGAGCAUGUCAAUGAGAAGGAUGGUGGGCAGAGGAGAGGUCGUGGCCGGGGCAGGGGAAAGGGACGAGGGCGGGGUCAAUACCACCACAAUGUCAAUAAUCGUGGAAAUCAUGUGGGAACUCCCCCGUCAAAUAAUGUAGUCAAUAUUGAGCCAUCAACUGUAGCCAAGCAGCCUCCUGGACCUCGAAUGCCGGACGGCACGAGAGGAUUUGCUAUGGGUCGGGGAAAGCCAGUCACUGUGAAUAUCACUUGAUUACGUGGCAUUCUACAUAUUAUAACAGGGUUUUCUUGUAUCUGUGCCUGCAAGUGUAUGCUGGGGGGAGGGAACGGAACGUCUUCUCGUGUGGUGUUGAUGGCAAGGUUUUACAGGGGCUAUCAAUCCAUUGUAGAGGGUCGAGUUAGCGGUAUAAGUUGAAUACUUCCUUUUUAUUUAUGUAAUCCAGUAAAGAUGAUGAUUGAUGAAGAGACCAAAUGGUAAAUCUGAGUGAAGAAGCGACA